AUAGUGGCUGCACUCGAACCCAGGAGUUCCCACGGGUUUUUGACUUUGCUUUGUCUGACGAUGGCACAGUUCUCUCGACGUCUUUGCAUGCUGAUAACCAGCCACCCAAUGUGAUUCGAGUCUAUGAGUCUCAACAAGGAUUCUUUAGGUUCCGCGCAGAUGUAAACAUCACAAAAAAAAGUACCUUGGCCAAUGUCUAUUCCUUGUCGUUGAGUGGAGAUGGCAGCAAGCUGGCUGUGCAUUCGCAGGUGCCAGUGUUUGACUCAGAGACCAACUCUGAUGUGGUAGCAGAUGAUUACAUUGUUGUCAUGGCCUGGGAUGAGUUGACUGGUGAAUAUGCUAAGGAGAUUGAGUUCCGCUUUGAGUCUGAUGUGAACACCAUGUUCGACCCCUUGUCAUUGGCUUUGAACAAAGAUGGCAAUGUUCUUGCCUAUGGCCUCCUGACUUGCCGAGGCACCCAGCUUCACAUUUAUAUUGGCAGUCAUGAGGGUUUAUGGGCACCACAGAGAGCUCCACAGAUAAACACCACUGGCUGCAUUGAGAGUGGUCGCCCAUUGAAAAACAAUGCACUGGCAGUAUCUGGUGAUGGAUCCAUGAUUGCCUUUAGGGUGGGUAACAAGGUCAGGGUUUACAGAUGGGAAGCUGAAUUCAAAUUUUGGAAUUCUUUGGGAGAUGAGUUCGCAUUUACACACUACCCAGUUGCAAUGUCUCCUGAUGGCAAUGAACUUGCAAUCGGCUCCCCUGAAGAUCUGAUUGGUGGAGUCACCGCUGUUUAUGCUCUGCCUGAAAAAAAGAAAUGUCCCAGGGACAUGUCACUGCUACGUCUAUCCCUGACCAUUGAUAGGCAAACUGAAGAUAUAACGUGGAUACUGGCAAACAACAGCACAUCAGAGGUUAUCUUGGAGCAGGAAUCUUACCCACUGGAGUAUGCCUAUGCAACAUUUGUGGAGGAGACCUGUGUCCCGGCUGAUGAUUGCUAUGUGUUUACAUUCCAACAAGAGGAAUCGGGGCAUGCUCAUCCCUGGACAGUAUGCAAUCUUCAUGGAUGGGGACAAGGUUGCCCAGGGAACCUUUAGUGGUCUUUUUCGAAGAGAGCAGUUUGGAAGCUGUGCCUCUUGCCCCACAGGUACAGAGCUGUUUCGCAUGAUGUUAUUGACAUCCGGACCCAUGGAGUGGGCCCUGUUGAAGUUGAUUGAUCAAGGGGCCAACAUAUCAGUGCUUCAUAAUGACAACAACUUUGACAAGUUUUCCAAUCAAACUGUGGACCCACUUUGCUCUGAUUUUGAUAAUAGGGUAUGGGAUCCUGACCCAGUUGCUCAUACAUAUGAUGCAUGCCUGGACCCAACAGAGUGCUAUGGGGUGCGAGUUUCUUCCAACAAAGCGAUCUUCAGACAACUGGAAAUAGUUUUUGGGGAGGAGAGAGUCAAUACUUUACUUAGUGAUUUUUGUGAGGUGCAGACCUUUUUUGUGGGAAGAGAGGACAAGUGCCUGCAGGAAGAGGACUGAUGGUUGAACCAACAGGCACCGUUCCUUCAAUUUGACAUGUUGUUAAUAGCUGAUUGCUUUCAUAUUCAAUUAA